AUGAGACUUUCCAUGAUUGGGGCAAGGAAUAUCCAUCAGCACAGUAUUGGAUCCAGAAAGGCGAGAUUGAGAAACUGGUUCGCACUUUGGGUUUCAGUUACUGGACAAUUCUACGACCUGCGUUCUUCAUGCAGAACUUCUGCUGCCCAAAAUGCUUUCAGAAUUGCAAACGCCUCGAAUUGCGUUCCUCCCCAGCACGCUUCUAGACCUCAUCAGCGUUGGGAUAUUGCUCGCUUUACUACCAAAGUUAUCCAAUCACCCAAUAGAUAUUCUAAGAAGACUCUCACGCUAGCUGCCGAGAAAUUGUCAGCCGCUGAAAUAGCUGAUCGAUUGGGUGCGGUGAGUGGUAAAGAGAUCACCGUUGAAUACCUACCCGAUCUAGUGGCGAGGGCCCUUUGGAAGCAAGGCAAUGAAGUUGUGGGGGCAUAG